AUGCCUGAGGAAUGGAGAGUUUUGAAGAACAAGGGUGGAAAAUGGCACCUGGGCCUGAACUGUGAGAGCCGUGACGAUCACUGCCACCACCCUAACAACCACGGCUUCAAUUAUUUCUUCGGUAUCCCUCUGACUAACCUGAGGGACUGCCAGCCUGGACAUGGCACCAUUUUCCAGUUCCAUAAAUAUUUGCCAUACAGAACAAUGGGCAUCGUUUUGCUCACUACAGUUGUGCUGCACUACAGCGGGGUCAUCGGCAGAAGCAUUGUGGAGCAGCCAUAUAAGUCUGAAAACAUGACACAGAGGAUGGUCCACGAGGCAGUGGACUUCAUAGAGCGAAAUUCAAACAGGCCUUUCCUGCUCCUUUUCUCUUUCCUCCAAGUCCACACAGCCAUCUUUGCUUCAGCAGCUUUCAGAGGAACGAGCCGCCACGGUAUCUACGGGGACGCUGUGCAGGAGGUGGACUGGAGUGUGGGUCAGCUCAUGGAGAUGCUGGACAGACUCAGCUUGAGAGGAAAAACUCUUGUUUACUUGACUUCAGAUCAAGGGGCUCAUCUGGAGGAAAUCUCUGCCAGAGGCGAUGUCCACGGGGGAUCGAACGGAAUAUAUAAAG